AUGUCGCAAAAGAACGGGUUCUGCAUCGCGAGUACAGCCCUGUGGAGAGAAAUACUGCGUACUGCGGUACCGCGUACAACAGCCCUCCCUCAACUAUACCAGCCCCCUAAGAUCCAAGCUCCAGCAGCAGACAGAGAAGACAGCGUCGAAAGUAAUCCGUCCACCGCCGCUGAUUGGUUGGCUAGCGGUGGCUUUCUUUUUGCUGCUGCCCAGAAUGAGCCAGACAGAGCCAGACACGGGCAGACCCCAAGCGAGCGAGGACAAGGUUCGGCGCUUGCACUAGGCCCGAAGCAAAGCAGAGCGUGGUAUCAAUGGCGUAUCUGUGGUUGUGUGUGGGUUGUGUGGUGGAUUUGGGUUUUCUGGGAUUCCUGGGACCGGUUCCCGCAGUCCAACCGGUGGGCCGCCCGCGGUGGGUGGGAUGAGGGCAAGUGGGAAGGCGGUUGCGAGGUGAUGAUGGCAUGGUCGCAGCAGCAGGUGGCCAUCCUGGAUCUGGAGAACCCUUCCAAGGUUGCUGCUUGCUGGCCUGACGGACGGCGGCCUGCGACGGACCAUCAGCCAACUAACUACUGGACUGCUGGACUGCUGGACUGCUGCUUGCUCUGCUGCUGCUCUGCUGCGCUGCUGCACUGA